GUCCUUUCUUUCUUUAUUCUUUCUUUUUUUCUUUUAGAGAUUUCUAUCUCCAACUAACGAAUCAGAUCAAGCACAAAGUCUAUAUUUUAUCAUUUCUGUAGCAAAGCAAUAAAUUAUUGUUUCUUCAUCUUCUUCUUUCUGUCGAUUGUCUUUUACUGGGUUUUAAUGGUAAAUCAAAAUCAUCAUCUGGGUAUAAAGAAUAUGGGUUUUUGCUGAAAAGGGUUGAUUAGUUGAUUCUUGUUAUGGAGAGCAAUUUUAAUGGCGGACUUGGUGGAUAUGAAAUUCAUGGUUUUCGGACCAUGGAAGAUUUGGAUGUCGCAACAAUGAUGAAGGAAGCCAGGAGCAGGUGGCUUCGACCCAAUGAGAUCCAUGCUAUACUGUUUAAUUAUACUUAUUUCACCAUUCAUGUUAAGCCAGUGAGCCUACCAAAAGGUGGUACGAUCGUCUUAUUUGAUCGUAAAAAGCUACGGAAUUUUCGGAAAGACGGCCAUAAUUGGAAGAAGAAGAAAGAUGGGAAAACUGUUAAAGAAGCUCAUGAACACCUCAAAGUCGGUACUGAAGAACGAAUACAUGUGUACUAUGCUCAUGGUGAAGAUAAUCCAAAAUUUGUCCGCAGAUGUUACUGGUUGCUUGAUAAGACUUUGGAACACAUUGUGCUUGUUCAUUACCGUGAAACUCAAGAGUUGCAGGUUUCUCCAACCGCACCUGUUAGUUCAGGUAUUCGUUCGGACUUAUCUGACUAUCCAGCUUCUCAGCCUCCAAGGGACAAUGACUCUCUGGUAAAUCAAGUGUAUCCCCCUGCCAGGAGAGAAAGUAUAGAGUCUGGUGACAGCAUCAACGUCUCCAAUCAUGAGAUUAGACUGCAUGAGAUUAAUACACUUGAUUGGGAUGAGCUUUUAGUGCCAAAUGAUCUCAAUGAAGCAACUUUAACCAUUAAAGAUCAGACUCCUUACAUUCAGCAAGAAAAGCAACCAGCUGCAUUUAUUUUGGAAAAUAAUGGAAGCAAUUCAUUGAGUAGACACCCUCAUCCAGAUAUGCUCACUUCCAGAAAUUCUAUGAACCCUGUUGCAGGGACUAAUUGUGCACAAAUCACUCAUGUGGGUGACAUGUUUCUCCCUUUGAGGGGCAUGCUAAUGGAUCAAAAAGAGCAAGGCAGGAUAUUUGAUAUGGGAACAGUAGAUGGAGGGAAUUUAUGUUUAUCAGAGAAAAUGGCCAAGGACGGUUUGGAAAGUCAGGACAGCUUUGGAAAAUGGAUGAAUGAGAUUAUAGUUGACUCACCUGAAUCGGUGAAUGAACCUUCCUUUGGAUCUUGUGUAGCAACUAGCCAUGGAUCCCGCAUGUCUUCAGGAGCAGUUAGUCAUGAAGGACCUUCCCCAGGACAGAUCUUCUGCAUAACUGAUAUCUCGCCAUGCUGGGCAUUUUCAAAUGAAGAAACAAAGAUAUUAGUGGUUGGAUUCUUCAAUCAAGAGUAUCAACAUUUCGCGCAGUCUACUGUAUAUUGUGUAUGUGGUGAUGCAUGUAUUCCUGCUGAAAUUAUUCAAGUUGGGGUGUUUCGUUGUGUGGUCUCGCCACAGAGCCCUGGAUCAGUGAGCUUUUAUUUGAGCAUUGACUGUAGCACACCCAUAAGUCAAAUUCUUUCUUUUGAGUUCCGUGCCCCUGCAUCUAAUAAGUUCAAACUUGGAGAGGAUAGGUCUCAGUGGGAUGUGUUCCGUUUACAGAUGAGGCUUGCUUAUUUGCUUUUUUCCACAUCGAAAAGCCUUGAAAUUCUAUCUAGCAAAGUAUCACAUAGUGCUCUAAAGUUGGGUAAAAAGUUUGCUCACAAAUUUUCAAAGCUUGAUGAUAGUUGGGCAUAUUUUACUAAACUAAUAGAAAGCGAAAAGAUCUCGUUUCAAGAAGCUAAAGACAGUUUGUUUGAACUCGCUAUGAAGAGCAGGCUUAAGGAAUGGUUGUUGGAAAGAAUAGUUGAUGGGAGUAAAAUAUCUGAACGCGAUGCUGAAGGUCAGGGAGUUCUGCAUUUAUGUGCUAUCCUUGGUUAUACAUGGGCAGUCUAUCCAUUUUCUUGCUGUGGCAUAUCAUUGGACUUUAGGGACAAGUUUGGAUGGACAGCUCUUCAUUGGGCUGCAUAUCAUGGAAGGGAGAAAAUGGUUGCUGCCCUUCUCUCUGCUGGAGCGAAGCCCAACUUGGUCACGGAUCCAACUUCUGCAAACCCUGGUGGGUGCACUGCUGCUGAUCUUGCUGAUAAGCAGGGUUUUGAGGGAUUAGCUGCUUAUCUUUCAGAAAAGGCUUUGGUUCAGCAAUUUGAAGAUAUGAAGAUUGCAGGAAAUGCUGGUGGUUCCCUUGACACCCAUACUUAUGAGACUACCACUUCCAGCGACAUCACUGAGGAUGAACUGUCUCUGAAGGAUACUCUGGCAGCUUAUCGUACGGCAGCUGAUGCGGCUGCGCGCAUACAGGUUGCUUUUAGGGAACACGCAUUCGUGCAAAAGACAAAAGCUGUUGAAGUCUCGAAUCCAGAGAUAGAAGCACGCUGUAUUGUUGCAGCAAUGAAGAUACAGCAUGCUUUCCGGAACUACGAGUUACGGAAGCAGAUGGCUGCUGCUGCUCGCAUUCAACAUAGAUUCCGGGCAUGGAAACUUAGAAGAGAAUUUCUUAAUAUGCGACGACAAACCAUUAAAAUUCAGGCUUGGUAUAGAGGCUUCCAAGUGCGCCGGCAGUACCGGAAAUUUAUAUGGUCUGUCGGGGUACUGGAAAAGGCAAUACUGCGAUGGCGACAAAGGAGGAAAGGCCUCCGUGGACUUGAGGUUGAAAUUAAGGAGCCUGAUGAGGAUCAGAGACGAGAAAGUGAUACAGAGGAGGACUUCUAUCGAGCUAGCAGAAAACAAGCUGAGGAGCGUGUUGAAAACGCUGUUGUGCGCGUACAAUCUAUGUUUCGAUCAAAGCAAGCACAAAAAGAAUAUCGAAGGAUGAAAUUAGCUCAUACACAGGCACAGCUUGAAUAUGAAGAUUCAGUCAAUCCUUACGACGAGUCGAGCUAUAUGUAGUUUGAUCAGAGCCGACGCUAGACUAUCCUUUACGUGGAAGGUUCAGACCAUGAUCAUAAGUAUUCAGUGGACUCUGUACAUGUAUUGUAAAGGUGUAGAGAUGUAGAAUUGGUUCAAUUUACCCCUCACAUUGUUAGUAUUUUUAUGGUCUUUCGAUUCAGGGGAUAAUGCGCAACUGUUAGUUUUCUGUUUGUAUCUACCACUUCUAUUUGGAUGGAGGUUGUGUACUGUGAUGUGAAAAAAAUAUUGCUAAGGGAUGUAAUGCUGAAAAAUGUGAUCCCCUUCAUAUGUAAGAACUUUAGAUAACCUGUGUUAUGUAAUGAAUAUAAUGAAGGAAAUUAUUCUGGUUUGGAUGCACCAUAUAAAAUACCAAUUCGGUUACGCCUAUUACAUAAA